AUGAACCAUUGCAGCCACCAAGUUUGUCCUGUGGUACCAUCAAACGCCGGCAAGCCAUCGCUGCUUCCCUCCAAAGGCGGCCACAUAACCGUCCUCCAUCCAGGUCAAUCCAUCGACAUCCCCGUCUCAUCCUCCUGGUCAGGUUCCAUAUGGGGUCGAACCCCUUGCACCAAAGAUUCCGACAAAAGAAAAUUCCGAAUUCUCAUCAAAGACAGUAGGUCCUACACGGAAAAAGGUGGUGGUCCAAUUAGCUGCAACUUGCAGAAGCCGACCUCAACCACCAUAGCAACGUUCAUGUUGAACGGUACAGAUGGGUUGGACCAUUACGAGGUCAGCUUCAGGAACGGCUAUAACCUUCCCAUGCUAGUGGUUCCGGUCCAUAAUGGAAGUGGAAGUGGAAGUGGAGGACAUUGCAGGACUGCUGGGUGCACUGUGAACUUGACCAGUUUAUGCCCGCCGGAGCUCCGGUUCAGCGAAGAGAGGUUGGGCUGUAAGAGUGCUUGUCAAGCGUUUGGCGAUCCCAAAUUCUGUUGUACUAGUAAUGGAAUAGGAUUAACAGGUAAUACUCAUUGUAAUCCUAACUUCUAUACAGAGUUUUUUAAGAAAGCAUGUCCAAAAGCUAACAGCUUUGUUGAUGACACAAGCAGCUUGUUUUCCUGUCCUUUGGGCCAAGAUUACAGUCUCAUUUUCUGUCCUUCCCCUUCCACCACCAGCAACAAGCUGCAGCUCAAAGUUAUAAUUCCUGUAGCCAUCUUCGCGUCUUUGCUGGCAGCGCUGUUGUCGGCACUUUGGUGGUGGUUCGGUGAUGGAAUAUCUAUUUGCAACAGUAAUAGCAAUAACAAUUGUUGCAACAGUAAUAGCAAUAACAAUUGUUGUAAUUGUUUCAACAGAAAUUAA